AUGCGUUCAGGUCUCUUCAGACUCAAGGUCACCAAGCGGGGUAGAGAAAGAUCAGGGGGAAUCGCUCUCGCUGAGGGUUCGACAACCGUCUCUUCGUCGUUGCACUCUGGCUUGCCAAAAAGGAAAACGAGCCGAUUUACCAAAGAGCUUCUUGCAGUCACAGGCGGUGUCGGUAUUCGAAGAGAUGAAAAGAUGCAGGCAAAAGUUAUAGAAUGCUGUCGACCUUGGGCCAAGUGGUUCGCCUGCUACACUCAACUCCUUAUCAUGCACAAGAACAAGAGUAACAACGACCAGGAGUUAGUUGUUGAUGUCAGCUGA